ACUCUCUCUCUUUCUCUCUCACGUACAUACGUUAUAUAUAUAAUACGCGAGCCGCAUCCACGACACUCCAGUGUGCAAUAUAUCUGCCGUAUAGUGUAGUUCCCUUUUUUUGUAUCAACGCUCUUACAAGUCGAAUAAGUCGAGGAAAAAUGGCACCCAAACAGAGAAUGCGCAUCGCCAACGAGAAAGCCACGAAAUUCAUCACCCAGCGCGGCAACGUGCCCAAAUCCACCAAACAACAAGAGGAGUCUGCGCCCGUUGGACCAUGGCUCUUGGCGUUGUUCAUCUUCGUCGUAUGUGGCUCAGCUGUUUUCCAAAUUAUCCAAAGCAUCAGGAUGGCAUAAUUUUCCAAUUUUUUCCACCUUGACUCUCAGCUAAAUCUUUCAUCAUGGUAAUGUCUAUAAUGUUUUCCACCUGCGAGGUUUUUAUUCAUAUACUCAAUCAUAAUGACUACAAUCUGUAAUGAAGAAAAUAAGACUACUCAAGAGGAAGGGUGAUAGUGGCCUUUUUAUACCUCCAUUGCAUUAUUGAUUUUCUAAAUUAAAAGAUUUAUCUAGUGUAUUACUUUUGUCGAUGUUAUGAGGACUUUCAGAAAAACUAGUAUUGGAAAUGAAUUUUUGUACACUGAACCAUUGUAGAACAUCUCUGUUCAAUUAGACAAGUUCUUUUAGAAUAUUUUAUAGCAUGAGAUUGUAUACUAGUUAAAUUAAGAAUGCAUGCCUAAUGUUAUAUUUUUUAUUGUACAAAAUCUGAUACAGAUGAGGCUUAAUUAUGUUUUAAAGUUGAAAAUCUGUUUUAUAUUUACUUUCUUCAAGAUCUUUUUCUGUGUUUUGUUGUAUAGAUUUUGAAUUGUAAAUAUGUAUUAUCAACCUAUUCAUGUCAUGUUUGAUAAUGAAAGCAUUCCAAUGAAAGGCCAAUAAUUAAUGAUUGACAUUAGCAUAAAAAAGUAUAUAUAUUAUAUAAAUAAAGAAAAUGUUGUCAAUGAACUUUUAGUUUGACUUGUAAAAACCAAUAUAGAACUUUUUAUAAGAAUAUAAGGUACAAUUUUGAAUACUGAGUAAUCAACAAGACGAGUGCAAAAUUGUCGAAUAUUUUAUGCAAUAAAUAAUUGGUAUUAUAACGAGCA